AUGAGUACAGGCGCCACCCGAGGCUCCAACGAGCAAACGCCGCUUCUCGGCCGACCGAACGGAAAAAGUUCGGCUCCCACCAAGCUGAGGAAGCACAUGGCGGCAGACGUCAGCAAGAACUGGGCAGACCUCGUACUGCUGUUCUGCUACAUCAUUACUGGAUUGCUGGAUAGCUCGGCUGUUUUCAUCUGGGGCUCCUUCGUGAGCAUGCAGACUGCACUAGGAAACACCAUCUAUCUUGGUCUCGGAGUUAUCGCGCCAAACGAGGGCAUUCGUUGGAUCAAAGCGGCAACGUCGAUUGCGUCGUUCUGCUUUGGCUCUUUCGUCUUUGCUCGCUUUCAUCGGUACUUCACGCCGAGGAAACGAUGGGUACUCAUCGCAUCCUAUACUUUCCAGAUGCUCUUCAUUGUAGUAGCGGCGCUCAUCGUUACUUUCGACCGCGAGAAGUCUGGCGGUCUUAGUUGGCAGGUUCUGGUGCCCAUCGCCGUGGUCGCUUUCCAGUCCAGCGGACAGGCUGUGACGUCAAGAGCGCUGCAGUAUGCUGGCUUGACGAGCGUGGUCCUGACGAGCAAUUACUGCGACCUGUUCUCCGAUGCAGACAUCUUCAAACUUUCGAACGUCGAGAGAAAUCGGCGAAUUGCUGCGCCGACAUUACUGCUUCUAGGUGCCUGUCUUGGUGGAGUGUGGGCUCACACCGGCGUUGGCCUGGCUGGCGCUUUGUGGACAGCAGCCGCAUUGAAAGGCAUUGCUGUUAUUAGCCCCCAAUUCAAGUACCACCUCAAAAUGCUCCCUGACAAGUCAUUGCGCUUCAUCUCCCCCAUCGCAAAAUCCCUCUUCAACAAGAAAAUCACCGAUCUCCAAACCCUUCAGGCCCUCCUCCCCAACCACACCCUCGUAGCCUUCGACACCGAGGGCGUCAAACAGCAUUUCGAAGGUCGUCAGAUCGGCAGCCAGGACCUCAGCGAACUCGGCGUAGCCGUCUUCCCUCCCACCAAAACCCCUCUCUACUUCAUCUCCAACCUCACGCAAUUCUACGAAGACAGCGACUAUCGAAGCCUUCACCUCGGUUUGAUGACCGAAAAGACCGCCUCCGAAGCUGGUCCCAGAUUGAUAGACUUCUUGUCUGGCUUCAAAGGCGACAUGAUCCUCCUUGGCUUCAACAUGCACCAAGAAUGGCGCUGGAUCUCCCGCACCUGCCCCUCGUUCGCAGCACUAUUCACAUCAUGGUGCGAUGUACAGGAACUCCUUCCGCAGCUCGGGUCUCCACCAGGUCUGGCCAAGACGCUGAAAGCGAUGGGGAUAUGGGGCUGGACGAGCAUUCACCUGAGACACGGUGGCGCAGCGGAUGCAGUUAGGGUGCUGGCUGUUUUGUCUGGGUUGGUGUGCGGCGUGCCGAUUCGUGAAGACAGGGAACACAAGGAGGACAACGUGUCGAAAUACUGUCAUCUGCCCAAGAGAGAGUCGGUACGAGAGGCGCCUGGGAAGGUGCGUUUCCAUACGUGUCGGAUCAGUGCGGCGGAUGGAGGGAAAUUGCCGCUACAAACACCCAAUGGGCUUGCGGGGAUGUUUGCUGCGUAUGAAGGCUUGAAGGGUGUUGGGCUCAACUCUCGCACUCCAACGCUUGCACGCGCUCCAGUGAAGUACUGGUGGGUGUCAUUCCGUACGCGGGAGGGAUUGGAAAACUUCAAGCGUGAGGUUGAUGGGUCGGUGUAUGAGGACGCCACGCUGCGUGUUACGAUCGAAGUCAAGCCAGCCCAGCCCAGCGAGAAGUCGAAAUCGGGAGCAUCGAUAGAGAGGUGUAAAGCUCCGCGCGAUUUGAUUGACAUUGCGUUGGCCCUAGGUGCUGACAAUGCCAGGAACCUGCACAUGGAUGUCGACACACUCUAG